CGUGCAAAAAUAGAAUGGAUUUGGAUAAUAAUAAUUCGGAAAAAAUAUAUCCUCUCAUCUCUAUUCUGUGACGACAGAAGCUGAAGCUGAAGCCUGACUAGUGAGAAGCGUCUCUCGUGCACGAAGCUUCUCAUCCAUGGCGAAGACACUCAUUUCAUCUCCAUCGUUCAUCGCCACGCCGCUUCCUUCACUUCACCGCAAUUUCUCACCUCAUCGCACUAGGCUAGUCACAAAGGUUCACUUCAGCUUCCACCAACUUCCCCCAAUUCAAUCCAUAAGUCAUUCCGUUGACUUUGCCGGAAUCGUUUCAAGGGCUGAAGGUCUUCUUUACACGCUCGCCGACGCUACUGUUGCGGCGGAUGCUGCGAAUUCCGCUGAUGCUUCUGUGCAGAAGAACGGAGGUUGGUUCGGCUUCAUCUCCGAUGGUAUGGAGUUUGUUCUCAAGGUGUUAAAAGAUGGUUUGACUGCCGUACAUGUGCCUUACUCAUAUGGAUUUGCUAUCAUAUUGCUCACUCUUAUUGUUAAGGCCGCUACACUUCCCUUGACAAAGCAACAGGUUGAAUCAACACUAGCUAUGCAAAACCUUCAACCUAAAAUUAAGGCCAUUCAAGAAAGAUAUGCCGGUAAUCAGGAAAGAAUACAACUUGAGACUUCAAGGCUAUAUACGCAGGCUGGAGUUAACCCAUUGGCAGGUUGUUUACCAACUUUGGCUACAAUUCCAGUCUGGAUUGGUCUAUACCAAGCUUUAUCUAAUGUGGCAAAUGAGGGACUGUUAACAGAAGGUUUCUUAUGGAUCCCUUCCCUGGGUGGUCCCACUUCCAUUGCUGCUAGACAAAGUGGAUCCGGAAUUUCUUGGCUUUUUCCGUUUGUGGAUGGCCAUCCACCUUUGGGUUGGAAUGACACUGCAGCAUAUCUUGUUUUACCCAUUCUUCUUAUUGUUUCUCAGUACGUUUCAAUGGAAAUCAUGAAACCACCUCAGACAAAUGAUCCUUCUCAAAAGAAUACACUUCUUAUUUUCAAGUUUCUCCCUCUCAUGAUUGGCUAUUUCUCACUAUCUGUGCCAUCAGGACUAACAAUUUACUGGUUUACAAACAAUGUCCUGAGCACAGCUCAACAAAUAUGGCUGCGGAAAUUAGGAGGUGCAACACCUGCUGUUAAUGAAAAUGCUGGUGGAAUUAUUACUGCAGGACGAGCUAAAAGAUCAGCUUCUAAACCAGAAAGGGUUGGUGAAAGGUUUACGCAAUUAAAAGAAGAGGAGAAGAAAAAGUUAAGCAAGGCACUGCCAGUGGAGGAAGUUCAGCCUCUGGCUUCUGUUUCUGAUGAUGGCCCAGAUGUAGAAAACGACAAGGAACAAGAAGUUACAGAAGAGGCAUAUGCUUCUAACAUUAGCCAAGAGGUUCAAAGUUAUUCUAGGGAAAGAAGAAGCAAGCGUUCAAAGCGGAAGCGUGCUGUAUGAUAAUGGACCACAUACAAUUGUUUGUAGUUUCUAGGCAUGUUACAUCGUUCGAUGCUAUAAAAAGUAGGUGGUGUUAUUUAAUGGAAGAGAAACAAGAAUCAAACCAAGAUUUUCACUUGGAAUGUAGUAGGAGCAUGAUGGAUUUUUUAGAAGAACUCCUGUGGAUCAUGCCGUAGCUGGUUUAGAUCGGUAGUGGUACAGGAAGGAGAGAAUCCACCAUUGAUGCCCUGGUAUAGCUUAUCUCAUGAAAAAAGGAAGCAUAGGGGUAGAAGACGACGAGAGGGCACUAUCUAUACCAUAUGAUUAAAUGAGAAAGGGAUUACUCUUAUUGAUCUCAGUCAUGAUGUGUGCUUAUAGAAAAAGUACGUGUAGCAAACUUGAACUCCCUUUUCAUAAUUAGCGCCUAUCUAUGUAAAUUCACUUACAUCUAGU